AUGUCCAGAACAGAAGUAACGCGGUCUACAAGAUCUGGUCCCUCUGCAUCUGACGAGGUCUCCUCGGAUUAUUCCAAGUCUAAUGGCUCCGCUACGUCCUCCGUGUCUCUCUCAGCAUCGGCUUCCACUUCUACUACCGCAUCCACUUUUACUACCGCAUCCACGAGCGCUGGCAGCUCUGACGAAGGGAGCAGCCACGAUGCGGACGCAGAAAAGGCGCCGCGCAAGCUGCCACGCUUGGAAGAGGUUAGCCAGCGACUGCGUCACUCACUACCGACAUGGGCAGUCCCCACCUUGGCGCCAUCGAUACGGGGCGGCACAUCCAUUUUUCCGGCGCCGCCAUCGCCACCUGUCGCCGCGGUACGAUACGGCCCUAUCUCCUCCCCUUAUUCACCGCCCAAUGCGUGUGGCGUGGCCCCGCCGUUGCCUACCUUGAGUGCGUCAGCCAAGGACAUCAGUGAGAUGGACGUGCGAGCCGGAUUGCGUCUCGGCGUUUUUCGUGCCUCUACGCGACUGAACAAGGAGCAGGUGAUGGACGAGAUCGAGUCGGUACGCAUGACUAGCCACGUGGAGCUAGUACUUCUGGAGUCGCCUCAGCAGAUCGCGCUGCUGCAGGACGUCCCACCCCAGGAGCACGACUAUGAGUGGGCUACGGUGUUCUUCUCGAUCGCCGAGGCUGCCGACCUGUGUGCGGCCUUGUUGUGUCAGCCGGGUAGGCGCUCUAAGUGGGCGCGUGUGAGUAUUCAGCGGUUACCCAUUGUGUCAAGGCAGACGGAGCCGUACACAGCCGAGGAGGAGCAGCGGGCACAGGUGCACAUGUACCAGAUGAACGCUGCCUCACCCAGCGUGACGAAAACGAACGGUGCGACGCUCUUCUCUGAUGCCCGGGACACUGUCCUCGCGCGAGGUGCGUAUGGCUGGUGUGUGUUGUCGACUGGGGGCCUCUUUCCAACGUUGGGGUUAGCGGCGUAUCUCCAGCAUCGCCGAAGGGGCGACUUCACGGGCAUCGAUGUGUGCGCGAAGUUCGAUCCGCAGUGCGACAAGGACAAGUGCGUGGCGGGUGGACAGUGCAACGGUGUACACCUGCGCUCUUGUGAGCAGUGGCGGCUGCUAGUCCCACCGAUGCUCAUCUUGAGGAAGACGACCCCGACUUCCAGCACCUCGACGGAGGACAUCCCCUCACCGGUAGAGAGCGCGUGGCAGGAGGCGAGACGUACGGAUACGCUUGUGGUGUUACCGCUUCCCCCUGAAAUUGACGAGACAGCCUUUGUGUACAUGUUCCAGCGGUGCGACGGGUUUCGACGCGCACAGACGGUGCGCACUGUUGACGCGCACCGGUACGGUGUUGUGCAGUUCGCGGACGCCGCCAGUGCUCAUCUGGCGCAGCAGCAGGCCAUCUCCCACUCCAACCUGUCCGUGCGCUUCGUGGGAGAAGCGACGGAGGCUGUCAACGGUACUCAAGCUUUGGCAGCCGCUCUAGACGUCUCGUCGACAGAGGUGAUCAACUCUUCUACGGUACCGCCUAACAAGUCGUACACUACUGCGCCGAGUAGCACUAGUGCAGUCACUGCAUCGCGCACCAACCCCGCCGCCGUCACGCACGCACCGGAUGUUCCGUUUCCGCCUCUUCCCAGCGGUUGGGAGUAUGGGUUGUCGCGCCGCACGAUGCAGUACUUUUUUCUCCAGUCAGGCAAGAAGUCGACGACGUGGAAGCAUCCAGUGACGCAGGAGCAGUACAAGGGACACCGCUGA